AUGAGUAGCAUCAGAAAUGCAGGGUUAGAACCACAAUCGGCGGCGGAAAAAGCAGUGGGUGCGAUUGGAUUGGGUUACGAUGUGCUAUCGGACAUUCGUUUUUCUGGUUGCAGGUCGAGGCUGGUGGAACUUCACCGGAAUGAGACGAGGGACCUGGUGGUUCCCGGCGGCGUUAUUGUUCCCAACGUCCCCACCUCCGUCAAGUGCCACCCAGGCGAGCGAUUCAGGAUUUCUUCCGAGCUCCUCUCCUUUCAACAGAUGUCUGAGCAAUUUAAUCAAGAACUAUCUUUAUCCGGGAAGAUCCCAUCUGGCCAAUUCAAUGCCAUGUUUGACAUGAGGAGAAAUUACUGGAAGAAAGCAGCAGCUUCCCCUAAAAGCCUUGCUUUUGAUGGCUGGUUCAUAACGUUGUAUAACGUUGAGUUAGAUAGAACCCACAACAUAGCUAUUUCCGAAAAUGUUAAAAAAGAAAUACCCACUUCAUGGAACGCUGCUGCCCUUGCUGAGUUCAUUGAGAAAUAUGGUACUCAUAUUGUUGUUGGGGUCAAAAUGGGAGGAAAGGAUGUGGUUCACAUCAAGCAGUUAAGAAGUUCGGAUCUUAAGCCCACCGAGGUGCAGAAAUUGCUAAAGCAUGUAGCUGAUGAGAGGUUUUAUGAGGAUGUAGAUAGAAGUUCUAAUUGCAAUACUGCUGAAAUAUCAAGAAACCUGGAGGAUGCUCAGGAUAUGCACUGGAAAAUGCAUAUAGCUCUUGCUGCUUCUGUUAAACCAUAUGUAGAAUGUCACUCCAACAAUGAUGAUGUCGUAAGCAUUUCUGUUCGAAGGGGAGGUAUUGUUGGUGUUGGCCAACACCAUAAUCAAUGGAUGUCUACCGUAUCACAGUCACCUGAUGUUGUAUCAAUGUCACUUAUGCCCAUUACGUCACUACUGAAUUCUGUUUCGGGCUAUGGAUUUCUAAGUCAUGCAGUGAAUUCUUAUCUUAGACAUAAACCCCCAAUAGAGGAACUUCAUCAAUUCCUAGAAUUUCAGUUGCCUCGGCAAUGGGCUCCAGGGUAUGAUCUGCCUUUUCGAUUUGGUCCCAAGCAUAAAAGAAACAUGUCUCCAGCACUCCAGUUCACAUUCAUGGGACCCAAGCUUUAUGUUAAUACUGUAAAGGUUGACUCUGGACAUCGGCCAGUAACCGGUAUUCGCUUGUUUUUGGAAGGCAGAAACAGUGACCACCUGGGGAUCCAUCUCCAGCAUCUUUCCAAUCUUCCCAGGACUUUUCAAAUCUUGGACCAUAAUGAUUUUGAGCAUAUUGAUGAGCCAGUUAAUAGAGGCUACUUUGAACCCGUGAAGUGGAAAAUGUUUUCACAUGUAUGCACUGCCCCAAUACAGUACGAUAGUUCCCAUAUUGUUGAGUCACACAUUGUGACAAAGGCUUGGUUUGAGGUCAGACAUGUACAAAUGAAGAAGGUUCUUUUCCUGAGGCUCGGAUACUCAAGAGUGGCAUCAUCAAGAAUUCGCAGAACAGAAUGGGAUGUUACUUCAUCCACAAAUCGAAAAUCAGGAUUCUUUUCAGCAUUGUUGAGCUCAAGGCUUAGCAAAGAAUUGCAUCCUCCUGGGGUUGAGAUUGAGAAGCCAGCAAAAGAGGAUAACAAUUCAGCAGUAGCUUAUCAAGCCAAUUCUAAUACUGAUGCACCUGUACCAACAAAGACUCCUAAAAGGUUGAGGUUUGUAGACACAAACGAAGUUGUUCGGGGUCCAGAUGAUGCACCUGGAUAUUGGGUGGUUACUGGAGCCAAGCUUUCAUUAGAGGGUGGCAAAAUCUCCAUCAAGGCCAAGCUUUCAUUGUUAUGGAUUGAUUGAAUCUGAAAUUAAAAUCCCAAGGACUAACGGAUUUCAUUAAUUCUGAAAUCUUGGAUUUAUUGUAUGUAAAGUUUAGGUGUUAAGUGUUGUUAUUGAUUAGUGUAAUUUUUCAAAAGGUAG